AUGUGGCCUCGUCCAAUGGACCUUUGCCGGCCUCCAGCUUGCUGGCCGGUCUCUCUCCAAGCUGCAACGAGCCCCACAGCUCCUAUGAAGAUCGCUAUCUGCCUCGUUAUUCUUGCCGCUAUCGUCACAUCGAUGACCGCAUCAGCUACCACCCGGAAGCUCGCGUUUGCCCCAGGCUACAAGGUGGCGCUUGCGGUGACAUGCUAUGCCCGACAAGUACGCACCCGUAUGUGGCACCGACAACGUGACGUACGGGAACGAGGGCAAGCUGGGCAUCGCGACCCGGAUGGCAACACUAGCCUGGCGUCCGAAGGCGAGUGCGUGUCGACACCCGCGCCGACGCGGUCCCCCAAAACAUCGAGUACCGAGUCAUGUGACUACGCGUGUCUGGAUGUGUACAUGCCUGUGACCGACGAGGACGGCAAGAGAUACCCCAACGAGUGCUACAUGCAGCUUGCCAAAUGCAAGGGCGGCCGCGGCGACAACAACAAGCGCGUUGAGAGUCCCG